AGUUUGCCGCAUCGAGGCUCUUAUACCUCAACUGGCAGAGAGCGUGUGUGUGAUUCUGGAUUGCUGAGUGGCCUCAGACCUCGAACUGGGAUAAAAGAAGGGAAACUGACAAAAAGCUGGCAACAUGGCGGUGACAGGAUGCACGCAAUGCAUUAAAUAUAUGUUAUUCUUCUUUAAUUUUAUUUUCUGGCUGGCUGGAGGAGUGAUCUUAGGAGUGGCCCUGUGGCUCCGUCACGACAGUCAAACAAGCAACCUCCUCAUUCUUCAGUUUGAAGGCCAACAGGCACCGGGAACCUUCUAUAUCAGUGUCUACAUACUGAUAGCUGUAGGCGCUGUGAUGAUGCUGGUGGGCUUCCUUGGCUGUUACGGUGCCAUUCAGGAAUCUCAGUGCCUUUUGGGAACGUUCUUCUUCUUUUUGGUCAUCCUCUUUGCCUGUGAAGUGGCUGCAGCUAUUUGGGGUUUCAUGAACAGAGACACAAUCUCCAAGGAAUUGAUCAACUUCUACGACUCAGCAUACAUCAAGGCUGUGGACGUCUCCGGCUCUCCCAGUAAAGACGCUGCCAUCAAAGUUCUGGAUGUUUUUCACACCACGCUUGACUGUUGUGGUAAAGGAGACGACACGGCACUCUUCAAACAAGUUGUCGGCAGUUUGUGUCCCAGAAAGUCUCCAGAAGAUUUUCUGAAGUCUCAGAGCUGUCACGACAAACUGAUCGAGCUCUUUUCUGAGAAGCUUUAUCUGAUUGGUCUGGCUGCGUUAGUGGUGGCCGUCAUCAUGAUCUUUGAGAUGAUCUUCACCAUGGUGCUUUGCUGCGGGAUCCAUAACGCCCCAGCGUACUGAGCCCAUCCAGUGAUGAGCACCGUGACUCAUUGAUGGACUUAGAUUUGUUUUUGUUGUUUUUUUUGUUUUUUUUUUGCUGUUGCUCCUCUUUCCUAUGACUAGAACACAGCAUGGUGGAUAGAUCUGCUCUCAUUUUAUUUUAUACUAAAAAAAUAUAAUUAGGAUAUUGUCUAUUUAUCAUAGGGCAUAAUCACAACUUCCUAAAUCUAUACUGUGUAUAUACAGUAUGCUGUGGAAUAGUUUGCUGAAUUAAUGCCAUUUUUAUGGAUGUAUAAAUUGUACAUAUGCACGUCUCAUGUUGAUUACGAGAGGCCAUGUUUGAUUGUGACAUGUCUCCCUGUUGUGUUACACGAUUGGACCAGCAGGUCAACAGUCACUUGCGACGUUACUCUCUUAUCACGCCCGCAGUGUUUUCUCAGUCAACUUUGUUGAAUAAACCAUCUUCGUGCUAAU